AUAUUACUUUUUUUAUUAUUUUUACCACUCUGUGUGUUGGCCUACUUUCAAGGACGAACUGACUUAUUGCACAGGUGAUAUCAUAUCCCAACACCUGUUCAUCUUUAUGCUCGUCAAAUGCUCAUUGCUCAUAUUUUUCCACAUUUUAUUCAUUCCAUCAAAUACGAAAACUUGUAAAAAAUCUCAGGAAACAAAUCCAAUCUUGAAACGACGAAUGAUGAGCUCUGUCAGAAUGAGACAGGUGCACAGGUGGUUCCAGCACCUUUAAACACCGUGAAACAGGUGAAAAUCACUACUUAGAAAGCACCUGCACAACCAGUUCGUUUUUCGUUUCCGCAGUAUCCACAGCGAAUCUCCAGAAAGUUAAAAAGAAAUUUCAUUGUAAAAAUAAUUUCAAUGAAAAAUCAUCUAUGUAGUAAAAUAGAUUAGUUAGAAAAUCAAAGUUAGAUCAUUUUCUUUAAGUACAAGUAUAUCGCCCGCAGCGAGAAGAAGAUCUGACAGAAGUUUAAAUGAAUGACGUCACAAGGUUGACGGGGAAUUUUGAAGAUUUUGCAUAAUUCUUAGUUGAUCCAAGAAAAACUUAUUUGUCAUUUUAUAAUUAAGCAUAUGUCAUUCCGUUGUAGUUUUCCCUUUCGAUCCCGUUUAACAGUAUUAUUUGCAGGUUUAAAACAGUUUAAAACAACGAAAAACAAGAGCUGCGAUCACGAAGAUCGAUUAUGGCUGCAAUAAAAAACAGGACGACGUAUCACUUUUAAUUUCGUCCGCAUUUUGGUUGAUGGGGAGUUUCCUUUCUUCCUCACCCAGACCCUUUGGUUAGAAUAUAUUGCCAGGAAGUUGACACGUUCCAAAGGAUGAUUCACAAAAUUAAUGUCAACUUGGGUGGUACUUAGAGAAGAGAGCGAAACUCAAGAUACAAAAGGAUAAAUAAAAAAAAAAAGACUGUGGAAGAAUUAACCAUUAAUCAGUCAUAUGAACUUUUGCCAUUAAUCAGAUUGAAACCAAGUUGAAUAUGAAGAGUUUUGAUAUAAAACUACAUACAAGAUUAUCAUCGAAAAAUAAGAAGCAGGAUCAAUACAUCAAUUACUCCAGAAUAAAAUGCGUAUUUCCAUUAUGAUCUUAUGUUUUUAACGAAAUGAUCUUUGGAUGAUAAAGAACAUGGAUCCGCAUAUUGACUUGGAAUAUAUUGUUGAUAAUAAAGAUUACACGCAAAAGUUGGCUAGUGCGUUAGAUACAAAUAAAACAAAAGUCAAGAAGCAGAUUUUCGAGUUAUUGUCGGCGCUAAGUGUUUAUAAUUCUGAUGGCUUCCAAAGAGUUUUAGAAACUUUAGAACAUUAUAAGAACAAUAAAAAUCAAAGGUAUAGGUUCAAAUUUUUAGUGGACGAAUUAAGAGAAGCUAAAGAUGCAGAUUAUCAAACGGCUCUCAUGGCACUCGUUAAUUGCAUCAUCAUCUCUUCGUCGGCGCUCAAAGACCGAAUCAAAUACAGAAAUGAAUUUAUUGGUCUUAAAAUUUUGGAUGUCAUCCGACAACUGAGGAAAGAAUGUCCUGACAACUCUGAUUCUGAUUUAACGGUGCAAUUGGAUGUAUUUGAUGAGCAAAGAUACACUGACGAAGGUCAAAUUACCGGUCCUGAUGGGGUGGAUUUGAACAGCCAUUUAGACGUAUUUUAUGCCAUAUUAAGACAGGUGGCAGAAACUCCUCAAGAAAUACCAUUUCUUAAUAUUCUUCAGCAUUUAUUACGGGUUGAUUAUUCACUUCCCAUAUCAGAUAUUAUAUGGGACACUGCAGAGACUUUGGUUCAUCGAGCAACUUUAUUGGAAAGUAAAGAAGAUUCGGAGAAGUUAUUGCGUUCACCGAACUCUUAUCACAGUCUUAAUAAGUUGAGAAUAACUGAAAUUAAAUGUCAAUGUUCGUGCCAUAGGAAUGAAGAUUCUGAAGGAAGAACGCGAAGACGAACACCGAUUCAACUUAAUUUUGGAGAUGGAACUAGAACUCCCGGUAUAUUAUCGCCAACAGGUUCUGUCAGUCAAAUCGAUUUCGCUUCACCUAGAUCGAAUGUUACCUCACCGCCACCGCCGCCGCCACCUCCCCCUCCUCCUAUUGCUCCUAUUGUUUCGACUUCUGUUCCCCCGCCACCACCACCUUUACCGCCAUCUCUGACAUCUUUUUCUCCGCCACCACCGCCACCACCGCCGCCACCACCUCCUCCGCCUCUUCCAAAUGGAUGCGGUCCUCCUCCCCCUCCUCCACCUCCUCCGCCACCACUUUUUGGUAGCACUCCUCCUCCUCCACGUUCUUUAUCUUCUAGCCCUCAACCUUCCGAAAUGGACAUUAAACUCCCUCAACAGGAAACUCCAAAACCGAAAAGUAAAAUGAAAACUCUUAAUUGGAAUAAAAUUCCCGCUCACAAAAUUGUUGGAAAGAAUAACCUAUGGUCAAUCGUCGCUAAAACUCACAAUGGUAGUCCAAACGAUCUAGAUUUUGUUACAAUGGAAGGGUUAUUUUGCCAACAGAGCAAUAUGGUUAACGGUCAAGCUUCUCCCCAAUUAAGGAAAAGAGAAACGGGAGAUUACGUCGAUCGAAAGAAAAGAGAAUCGCUAGAAAUAACGUUACUGGAUGGAAAAAGAAGUUUAAAUGUAAACAUAUUUCUUAAACAAUUCAGAAGCACAAACGAAGAAAUUAUUUCUAUUUUAAAAGAAGGAAGACACUCUGAUAUUGGUGCCGAACGAUUAAGAGGUUUACUUAAAAUACAACCAGAAUCAGAUGAAGUAAUUUUUAUAAUUUAUAUAUUAUUAUUAUUUUAUAAAGUCUGUCUAUCUAUUACUAAAGGCUUGUUGCUGCAACCAAUACUCUCUCUCCUCUUCAUCCCUUUUAAAUUCAUAACAUAGGGAGGAUAUGCGGGUAAUGCAGCGGGUUUUAAGACUAUGUCGCUUUUAAAAGUGACUGAUAUUAGAGCUAAUAAACCUGGAAUGAAUCUUGUUCAUUAUGUUGCAGUGGAAGCUGAAAAGAAAAAUACAGAACUGUUAAAAUUUACCGAUGAACUGGUCAAUUUAGAAGAAGCAGCGAAAUUAUCAAUCGAUAAUUUGAAAUCUGAAGUUUCUAGUCUAAGUCAAAGAGUGUCCAAAAUUUCACAACAAGUUGCUUCGGCGGAAGAUGAAAUUAAAGAGCAAAUGGAAGAUUUUUUAAAGCGUGCAGAAUGUGAUGUCUCUUUGAUUAAUAAGGACAUCGAGAAUUUAAAUAUUAUACGUAAGGAUUUAGCAGACUUUUUAUGCGAAGAUUUUGAAACAUUUAAACUAGAAGAGUGCUUUAAAGUAUUUCAAAGUUUCUGCCAAAAGUUUAAAACAGCCGUACAAGAAAAUGAAAGAAGGAAACAACAAGAAAAAAGAGCCGAAGAACGAAGAAGACAGAAGGAAGAACAAGCAAAUAUGAAACGUCGAAGUUAUGCAGGUACAGAAAUUCGCGGUGUUUCUAACACCGAUACAGAUUCGAUUAUGGACAUGUUAUUAGGUGAUAUAAGAACUGGAUUCCCUCAACGAUUCAGCGAUGGUUAUAAAGGCAGAAAAAAUAGAAAUACAGAUUAUGCUCGUCUGAAUAGUCAAACUGGAAGUCUAACUUCAGAAGAUGAAUAUCUCAGUUCGCCGAAAAUGCUUAGAAGAAGAAUCGGAUCUAUGGGUUCGAUUCCUGCUAACACUGAAACUCCAGAUAGUAUUUCGGAUUCUCCUGACGUCACUCCUAACGGAACAAUGAGAAGACGCAGAAGUAGAUUAUCCUCAGAAGAGCAAGAGGAUUGUUUGAUGGAUUUCCUUCGCCAAGGUUCCGAGUUAGAAGCUAGAGACAGAAGAUCAUGGGGAAGUUAUGAUGGAGGAUCAUUAGACAGAUCAUGGUUAAGGCGAUCUGGAAGAAGACGAAGACAAGAUCUUUUGUCUGCGGAUCUUAACGAUAGAGAGCGUCCUGCUUCUCCAAUUUCUCCUAUGAUGGAUAAAUGCAUAGAAUUGCCAGAAACAGAACCCGUAAAACCUAAGCAGUGGAAAAGGAAAAUAGAGGAUUGGCUCAGAGAAAACGAAAAAGAACAGGAGAAAGAGAAAAAAUUAAGUGAAAGAUUGAAUUUAGAAAGAAAGAAAAGACACGAAUUAGAUCUUUUAGAAAAUCGUUUAGGAAAUAUCGAAAAAGAUGAAAUUUGGAAAGAUACAGGUCUUGCAACUCUUCACGAAUCAAAAGCAGAUAAUGAAGGACAGAAAUUAGAUAACACAAUUAUUUGUCCAGAUAUAAUAACAUCGGAAAUUGUUGAAACUCCUCAAACAAAAGAUAAAUCCAAGUGGAGAAAGAGUAAUCUUAACGUCUCUGAUGAAAUGGAAUCAUUAGAUAAUAAGACAAUAAAUCAAAAUUCUGAUAAUAAUAGUAAUAAUAAUAAUAAGAGUUCAAGAUUCUAUGUCAGACGUUCAUCAAUAGAUCCAAUUAAUCCAGAAAAUAAACGUUUAUUUAAUGAAGAUUGUAAAAUAAACGGAAUGUUUCACAAUCAAAACGAAAAAAUUGAAAAUGUCGAUAAUAUUACACUGGAAUCAAAAAUAACAACCAAUGACUUAAGAUGUCCACAAACGAGCAACUCUCAGAUUGAGGAAAAGGAAAUACCUAUUCCUCCUAUGAGAAAUUCGAAAGCAUAUCAAAGUCUUCGAGAACCGAAUUGGAAAUUAAGAGAAAGAAAAGAAGAAUUAAAAUUACAGGAUCAGCUUGACACGAAAGAUUGCGAGAAAAAGAACGACAAUUUGAAAGAUCUAGUAAAAUCUGAUUCAUGUUUAGAUGAAAAUUCGGAAGGAAAUUUUAAUAGAUUUUCUCUGAUGAGGAGGACUACAAGACGCCCACGACAUAAAGAUUUAGAUAUGCAUAAAGAUAUAGAUAAUGAAAUUAUUAAAAAAGAUAUUCAAAAUUCAAAAUCGAAAACGGAAUCUAAAAAAUCUGACUCUGAACUUGAUUAUAUUGAAGGUGCUAUUCAACAUAUUAAUAUAGCUAGUCAAGAAAUUAAAGAACUCGAUAAAGUAGAAGAAAAAGAAACUUUGGCAGAAAAAGAAAAUAGGAAGAGACCAAGCACAUUAAAAUCGAAAUUAGUUAAACGACUCCAUUCCUUGACAGAAAAUCUAAAACCCUCAGGGAAAGAAUGUGAAUCUCAAAACAAUAAUAGUGAGAACGCUGAUAUCGAAAAUAUUUUAACCAAUUCCAAUAUAAAUCAUUUUAAAAAUUCAAUUGAUAAUAUUGCACACGAAAAAGUAUUCCGUUCAACUUUAGUAAUGACUCCAACAUCGCCUAUGUCAGAAAACAAAACACUAUUUUCUACUUCAAACAAUGGUAAAAAUCCAGAUUCUGUAAAUAAUACAAAAUCUUCCAAAGAAUUAUCCAAUGAGAAAAAUGAAUUUCAUUUUAACGAAGCAAAAAAACACAUCAUAAAUGUAGAUAAGCCCGUUUUGCAGAGUCCUUCCAAAGUAGUCACUAGUCAUAUUGUUCCACUCAAAUCGCGGACUUCAGAUGAACCAGAAAAAGAUGAAGGUUUUGAAGAAACCCAGUCGCAACUCAGUGAAACUCUUUCUCAAGCUACUUCUAGUUGUGCUUACGACACAGAUUUAGUAGAUUCUCCUAAAAGUUUUAGAAUAAAGAAAGAAGAAUGCUCAGUAAAUUUACCUAAUACUCAACAAACUGAACAAAAGACGUGUACAGUAGAAAAUGCAGAAAAAUCAAAAGAAGAGAGUAAAGUAGUUAAAAGUUCACCACAAAAACCAUCAAAAAUACCUCAGAGACCUUCUACAUUAGGAAUCCCUGUCCUCAACAGAUCUUUAAGUAUAUCUGACAGAUCUAAAUAUAACGGAAGAACAAUUAGUCCUGGAAAGACUACAAGCCCAGAAAGAACAAUGAAACGGUCAAGAUCUGUAAUGGAUAGAUCCUAUUCAACUAUUGGAAAUUACACGAGACGGCAAAAGCCCCAAAGAACACUAUCACACGAUUCCCAGAAUUCUAUUUGUGAUUCAGAAAAAGGUUCCAGAUCAAGUCUUCGGAGUUCUAGAAGUAGUAUUUGUAGCGAUACCACAAAGUCCAAGAAUGGAAUUAUUAAAGAAAAGGAUUUUUCGAGAAAAAUCGCUAAUUACACAAAUGGAGUAAGAGGAUUGACACGUAAUCUCAGGAAAAAAGGCCAAGAAAUUUAUGAUUCCACUCAAUCUGUUCCAUCAACCCCACUAGAAGAAACUAGAUUCAUAUCUAAGUUAGAGAGAUCAAGAAGAACGAAUUCUAAUCAUUCUGUAAAUAGAUACAGUCCUGCGGGAUCCAGGUCUCCAAGCAGCAGAUCUUUAUCUCGAAGAUCCAGUGAUGGUUCUACGGAUACGAAACGAAGUGGAAUAAGAUAUUCAUCUACUUCCACUAGAAAUGGGAUAUCGGGCAUAUCUAGAAGAAAACCUCAUUUGAUCCAAAAGUCUAGCAAUGUUGUUAAUGGUAAAAAUCUGAAUAAAACUCCAUCGCCUUCCAGUUCGCCCAACAGAAAAAUUGAUUCGAAAAGUUGUAAUUUUAUGAGAGCCACAUCUGCUUCUGCUGCAAAAAUUUCUUCUGGAAAAUCACAAGAAUUUUCAAUUUCUAAUCAAAGAUUGAGGACUAAACCUGUGCUUGGAACAAAAACGAGGUCUCCAAGUAGUAAAAUUCCAAUUAAAUAACACUGUUUGAAUUAUAUUUCUAUAAUGUGACUCUACAACAAGCAUUAAAAACAAUUCUAUAAAAUGGGGGGAUUAUUAAUAUUCAUAUUUUAUAUAAAAUCUAAUACGGAUUAUUACUAAUAAAGUACAACUUACUACUAAGAUACUCAGACCAAAAUAACAAUCAUUAUAACGUUCAUAUUUUUAAACAUAUUUUAACCAAUAAAGAUAACAUAAAUUAUAUUUUGUAAGAAUUUAAUUAAAAUGUAAAAAAAUUAAAUCUGCAUCAUGUAAUUUAAUGUACAUAAUCUCUAUUAUUUUUCUCAACAACGAGAGGACGUAGAUUUUUCACAAACUUUUAUAGCCACUUCUUCCAUAUUCUAAAAUUGAAAUUCUUUAAAAUUAUAAUUUGUGUAUUAUCACCACCAUUCGAUAUUUAAGUUUAUUUAUUUCAAUCUACUUAAUUUUCAAAUGACAUCUUAAAAAUUUUCGUGAUAUUUAUAUUUAAAUAAUAGACUACUUAAAAAUUGUUCUUUACUCCAAAAAUUAAUAAGUUUGAUCAUAUAUAAUGCUCUUCCAACCAUGACAAUUGUAUAAAUAAUUGUUAAAGUAAUUUUUAUAAUACACUUUUUAUAUAGAUUUUGUGAUACUAUAUAAUUUUGUACAGAAAAUUUACUAACAUGUAUCAAUUUAAUACAAAUAAA